ACAUUGGGUUCAGACCAAAAUUUUAGUUAAAAUGGUGCAGCUUAUAAUCAUGAAAUUACUGUACUUAUUUUUGGUGUACUAAAAAGAGGAGAGGAUUGCAAAAGAAGCUUUCCAGAAGGAAAUUUGUAUCCUGUACAUCAACUUGUUCCUGUUUAGACACUGCUCACAAAACACUGCCUUGCAGAUAUUGGGAUAACUGGUACUUAACUAAGAAAAGACUCAUAGAUUGAUUUUCUAGGAACAAUAAAAACUUCACACAUUAUUAUCUCCUCCCUUCACCUUUCCCUAGGGAGGACCUGUAUUUGCAGAGGCUGCACAGUAGACAGGUCUGUUCUCUUUGCCAGCCAGAGCCAAAAGCCUCUUUGUGUAUAAGUCUAAAGACCAGACUAUAUAUGGAUUCCUGUUAAAAGGGUUUUUGAGAUUUUGCAGGACUUCUGUUUUCCUGAAGUGUGCUUCUGUGAAUGGAGUUCUUGAUAGGUGAACCUGUGGAAGUGCAAGUGACUGAUCUGUACAGCAAAGGGUUAAGGGAACAUACAUCUGCAAAAUUGAAAGACCAUUAAUUUCACAUUUGCUUAUGGAGAAAAACAGUUUGAGCAGAUACAGCAUGUGGAAGGAAGAAGAAAAAAGCCACCACAGGCAGAAUUGUGAAGUUGAACUAUGUAUUGAAGCUCAGAGAUUGAAAGCUCCAGAGGGUAAUUCAUACUCCUGCCUUACAACUCAGUUAGAAUUAUGCUUGCAGUGCAGUGAGCACCAGAAGCUUACAUGUGAAUUCUGCCAGAAAUAUGUUGGGCAGCCGUAUGAAUAGGCAAAGAAUGUCUUUGACAGGUAAUAUUUACUUUCUCCCAUCCCAUCUCCAGACAACUGCAAGAGAAAAAUACUUUGAUUCACUGCAGGCCAGUAGGCCAAGAGAGACUUUUACAUUUCUCUGACAGUGGAUUUCAGUGGCUUUGGUGGACACGGUUUCAUGGGCACUUCAGCACUAGGACUGACCUAGGUGCAAGUCAGGCAGGGUUUUCUUUUGGGUGGAUUUCUCUUGGCUGUUAUUGACAGCUUUCCUUAAUUUGAUUUUCAUGAGUGAUGUGUUGAUUUGACAUAGUCCUGUGCAUGAGCUGAAUGUAGAUUGAAGACUGCAAGGUAAACAAAUUCCCAGUGCAAAAGGCAGUCUCAGAGACUUACAAAGCCUCAUGAUAAAAGUAAUUUCAAAGUAAAAAUAUGUAUGCUGAAAAAUAUUUAAUUUCACAGAAAAGUAAUUUAAACAGCAUGUAUUUUGCAGUUUGAUGGUGUUCUGUACAACCGCAUUAGUUUCCUUGUUCUCUUGUAGGUGUCUGCUCAUUAAGUAAGAUCUUCUUUACGAAGUGUGGGGGUUGUUUAAAUGCUUUAGGGGAUGAGUCUAUUUAUUACAAGCUGAUAAUCCUUGUAACUUGUUACAUUAAAAUAUAAAUGGAUUAUAUUCUGAUGAGAAGCAUGAAAGUGAUUACUAAACUGUGGAAAUAAAUGUGUUAGAACUCUAAAUAGCGUAAUAAUCCUCUAAGGGGAAAUUGCACCUCAUUCAUUUAUAAUGGUAUUGUGAUUGGCUUUGUUUUAGUCCAACUUUUGAAUCAAUGCUUCCAUGAAAUUUUCAUGACUUGCCUUCCAAAAUGACAUCAAAGACAAAGGAGAAAAACAGUCUUGACAAAACCAGGUCACUACAUCAGCAAGAGCAGAGUGGGCUGAGCAGCUCUCCUUCCUAAAUCAAAGCCUUGCUGCAGAGGCACUGCUGAGCUCCCAUUAGUGUGUCACAAGUGCCAUUCUCAGCAGUGAGGGACCAGAAAGUGUCACAACUGUAGAAAAAAGGCUGAAGGCUUUGGCCAAAGCCUGGUACCUAUCUCCUCAGAGUUGUACUAUGCUGAAAUGAGGAUGUGGAAGUCCUCAAGGUAUCCCUUUUGGGGGAUGUCCUGGUCCCAGCUAUACUUUGUAGCCAAGAAUGCACAAGGAAUGAAGAGGAGUAGUAAGUCCUUUGUGCCUAAAUCAAGCAGAAAAUCCCAGAAAGGGAUCUGAGGUGUUCCGCCAGCCCUAUCCUUCCAGAGGUCCUUUCACAGUCUUUGCCAAACUCCCAGGUGUGGGAAAGACUAAGGGUCUUCUGAAGGAUAGACAUCUGGACUCUGAAGGAAAUGUAUGGGUCAGAAGCCUAAUCUCAGUCUGCCUUCAGAGCAAGGAACUGUCAAGAAAUCAUCAUCUCAGUCUCCUACCUCAGUUCCUGUGUAUCCCCAGAAGAGCUGUCCAUCAAGGGACAGAGAGGGGGAUUUGAAUACACACACAGGGCCAUGCAGGCUGCUUUGAAAUUGCCAUUUUGUCAAAAUAAUUUCAUGUACAGUUUGGCUGUCUGAAGGUGUGGGAUGGGACCUAGAGUACACUGAGGAAAAGAACUCUCCUCCUGGAUCUUGUGUGGCUGUAUCCUUCAGGCUUUUUUGUAAAGGGCCAAUAUAGUGUCUAUAGCCAAAACUUAACAAGGUAAUUAUAGUUGGCAGGGCUCGGUAAUUAAUGUCUAGUACAACCUACUGUAACAUACUGCUGUUUUUACAUGUGUUUUGUGCAAAGUGGGAGUGCUGAGACACGCUCGUUUGCUGCUGUCUGAGGAGAGGAUGACAAAUCCUACAGGAGGAAGGAAAUAUGCUUCCCAUCUUUUGGGGUUUUAAUUAAUCUGCAGUGGCAGAAAUGGCAAAGUGCCAGGGCUUCUCCUGCUACUGAGCAAGCACUUUGCAGAGAGGGAACCUGGGCACAGGAGGCUCAUACACGUGUCUGUGUUCAAGAACAGUAUCUGUUCUGGCUAACAAGCUUUGUUCUGUGUUGCUGAUUUACUUAAUAAAGAGAGGUUCACCUGUGUCUGUGACCACGUGGGUGCAAGGAUUUGGUGUUUCUACAUGAGCAGCAGUAACAGCACAGAGUCUCUGGCAGAUUUCACUAAAGCCAUCCAACAGCAUAUGUGGCAAAUGCUAAGGGAAACCACAUGGCACAAGCCUUGCUCUUUGUAAGGAAUACCUCAGAGAAGAUUUAGCAGAAGCAAAGACUUGUUCUGAGGCUUGGAAUGUCAUGCUGUACAAUGUCUCCUAACAGCUACUACUGCCUGCUGAAACCUGGAGUCUGCUCCUGCACUUGAGAUCCCGAGUUUCCCUGGCUGCACCUGGUUGGCAGAGACAUCCCAGUUUUCAGGUGAUGUAGCUCACAGAGGGCUUCAGAUCAGCUGCCUCUCCCCACAUCCUUCUGAUGCCCUGCAAGUGCUGCAGGGGCACGGAGGGGAGGCACCUGAGCAUAUGUGCUGAGUCUGUGUCCCACGGAGGCUGUGAUGGAACAAAGCAAAUGCCGAGCACAAGCUGGCAUCUGCCCUGACCAAACAGGUCAAUCCAGAGGAGGAAACUACGGAAGAAAAAGUGAAACUUACUUUUUUUUAAUAUUAGGAAGACCUGCCUAUCUUUAUCGCCAUGCAAAAUAGAUAACUUCUAUCACCUGGAACUUCUCUGUGUUAUAUUUUGAGCAGAGUAAACUAAUAAUGACUGAGCAUCAUUGGGAUUUACAACUGAAUUCUUGCUAGGUGUAAAUAGGAAGUGCUGGUGUAGCAUGUAGGAGGUCUUUAAUCAUCUAGAUUUAUUAUAUUUUGUAGGACUAUAAUUUUUUGAGCUCUUUUUUUCAUCUUGAGCACUGACAGAGGCAAGCAGGUAACUGAAGCAGAGCAUUUUAAUGUGUUUUUUUCCUGAAUUCAUCUGAAGCCAAGCCCCCUCUGACCACAGCCCCACCCUCUCAUCUGCAUUUCGUAAGGGUAUUACUGCUGUAAUUAAUAGGACUUGUAUAACCGUACCUAAUUAAACUCUGAUCAUAUAGUGUAAAUUUAACUUGAUUAUCAUUAGCCUCAGUGAACUCUGCAGGAGAUUAAUCCUGGUGAUUCACUCAGCACAGAGAGCAACAGCAGCAGCUCUGCGGAGGACCAAAAUAUUAGUAAGCAGCAAUGCUCUGUGCCCCCAAAACCCUGCAAGGUAGGUCUGGGUACCAACAGUAGCCCUGGUGUCAGGGAGGGGUCUGCGCUGGGAUGGGGGUCUCCCCAUUUUCAAAUUGCUUAAAAGCCCCUGGAAUGCCAGCAGGGUUCUACAGUACCAUUCUUAAAAUCACUGAAUAAGGAGUCUGUGAGAGGAUUAUGGCUUAUAUAAGAGUUUCAUGUCUGUCCUAAAGCUACAGCCCCUAUGCAUUUGUGCACUGCAUGGGGUGUCUGCCAGUGAUUCAUGGAUACCAGAAUGUCCUGAAUUAUUAUGAACCACAUUUUGUUUAGGAUUAUUACAGAUACAGUAUUCGGUCCCAGUCUUACAAAAUGAGGUUUAGUCUGUGGGAAGAGAGCAGAGGCAAUAAUGUUAUAUUUUUUUAUAUUAAUUACUGCAUGUUAAAAUGCUUUAUACUUUGCUUCUGCACAUUGUGCUGGAGAAUUCUUUGCUAAAAGAAACAAAUACGCUUUUGGUAAAAUAAUGGGUUUUUUUCUGUAUGUGGUCCUAAAGUACAGAGCAUGGGGUUUGUCCUGUCUUUGGCUGAACACAUCUGUUUGUUUGCUGCUAAUAAUAGUUUAAUCAAUGGGGCUGAUUCCUGCAUAUUCUCCAUCUGACAGUAGCCCAGAAGACCCAGAUGACAGCAAAAAUGUCUUUUGUACAUGUCACUUUUUCAUUCUUUUUGGUUGUUGUUGCUGCUUAAUUAAAAGCAAAGAGAAAGUUUUACUCCUGUUUGCAUGAAUGGUCACAUCAAACGGUACAGGAAAAUCUAGGCCAAGCUGCUUUCAGUGGGCUAAGGAACAUUAUACCAUUGCACCGUUUCCUUUCAUAGUAGCAAUGCCUCUUUAAUAAACGUCAGGCACCUUUUAAACUUUCUUUGAAACCAUUAGUUUUGCUUUCUGUAAGUACCCCAUAGCCCACCUUGCCCCCCCAGCUCUCUGGGGCGUGGCUGUAAUUAGGAGAUGUGUCCGUGCGGAAUGGGAAGGAGAGGGAUGCGCACGGGGUGCAUCCUCACUGCCUGCAGAAAUGGUGCUGGUUAUAUAACGCCCUUGCUGGGUAACGAGGUGAAACUCUCAACUCUUCUGCAGGAGCUUUCAGAGGGUUUGGGACUGCUGGCUGGCUGAAAGGAUUAAUUUUUCUCCGUCUCUAUUUACAUGGUGAUAAGAAGUGAUAAUCCCACUGUGUCAGUCUGGACUGAUGCAUCUGAGAAGUAGAACAGAGCCCUGUGUUGUGUAAACGAACUGAUGGAUGAAGAUGAGAAGGACAGGGCAAAGAGGGCAUCACGCAACAAAUCUGAGAAAAAGAGGAGAGACCAGUUCAAUGUCCUCAUUAAAGAGCUUUGCACGAUGCUGCAGGGCCACGGCCACCCUCUCAAGAUGGACAAGUCCACAAUACUGCAAAGGACCAUUGACUUCCUACAGAAGCAGAAAGAAAUCACAGCACAGACAGAGGCCUGUCAGAUUAGACAAGACUGGAAGCCUUCAUUUCUUAGCAACGAGGAGUUCACCCAGUUGAUGUUAGAGGCACUAGAUGGCUUUCUCAUUGCUCUUACCACUGAUGGGAUUAUUAUUUAUGUAUCUGAUAGUGUUUCGUCUCUGCUAGGACACUUACCGUCAGAUUUGGUGGACCAAAAUAUAUUAAACUUUCUCCCUGACGGGGAGCAGAGCGAGGUGUACAAGCUCCUUUCUCCACAUGUGCUCAUGACAGAUCCUGUUGCAGCUGAUUUUCUAAAUGCAGAAAAACAAAUAGAGUUCUGUUGCCAUUUAGCAAGAGGCAGCUUAGAUCCAAAUGAACCCCUGAUGUAUGAAUAUGUGAAAUUUGUAGUGGAUUUUAAAUAUUUUACUCAUGUGCCUACACCCUCCUGUAAUGGCUUUGAGUCAGCUAUUGCACGAGCUUUCAGGUCAGCCACGGAGGAGCAGAUUUGCCUGGUAGCAACUGUUCGUCUUGUCACACCGCAGUUCUUAAAGGAACUCUGCAAUGUUGAAGAGCCAUGUGAAGAAUUUACAUCGAGGCAUAGUUUAGAAUGGAAGUUUUUAUUUUUGGACCACAGGGCUCCACCUAUUAUAGGAUAUUUACCCUUUGAGGUUCUGGGAACGUCAGGGUAUGAUUACUACCAUGCAGAUGACCUGGAGCUUCUUGCUAGGUGCCAUGAACACUUGAUGCAGUUUGGAAAAGGAAAGUCCUGUUACUAUCGAUUCCUGACCAAAGGGCAGCAGUGGAUAUGGCUGCAGACACACUACUACAUCACCUACCACCAGUGGAACUCCAAACCCGAGUUCAUAGUUUGCACUCAUCUGGUAGUUAGUUAUGCAGAAGUUCGGGCUGAGAGAAGGCGAGAUCUUGGUCUCGAAGAGUCAUCAAUUGAACUGGCAUCGUCUUCUCUAAAGAGCCACAGCAGCUACCUGGAUGUGAGGCAGUGCAGCAGCAGCCAGGAUGCCAGCCGGGAGGGAGUGUCACUGUCGUCGCACAGCUCCCGGCGCUCCUCACACACCACCCUGUCUGACUCCACCUCCACGUCAUCCAUGCGGCACACGGACACCAGCACUCCCACCCGGCCGUCAGUGCCGGGGGCUCCGGUGGAGAAGGCAGCCCUGCGGCUGGCAGCAGUCGGGAGUGCUCAGGCAGUGUAUCAUUUCCCCACUCAGCUGGGGAUGAUGCACCAGCUGAAAGAGCAGCUGGAGGAGAGGACUCGCAUACUGCAAGCUGACAUCAAAACACAGCAAGAGGAGCUCCAUGUCAUCAAGGAGCAACUCCAGCUCGUGCAAGACUCCAACCUGCAGAUGCUGAUGCAGCAGCCAAUUCCUGUCGUCUUCAAUGCCGUGCAGCAACCGAGCCCCCAGAGGCCGCCGCCACAGGGGGCACCCAGGCAGACCACAGCCAAGAAGUCUCAGCAGACAGCCCUCAUGGGGAUGAAGCCCUACUGCAGCACCCACCUGCUGUCACCGCACCCAUUCCUCAGGGACACCUGUGGCACAGCCCCCCAGGUACAGCAGCAGAAGCAGCAGCACCCAAUUAGAGGAAGCCAAGGCCAGCAAACGUGUGUGCCAGGGCAGACAAGCAUUUCAGUGCCCUUCUACAACAACCCCAUGGUGUUCUCCCAAGCACACCCCAUCACCGUGGCUGCACAGGUGCCGACUGACAGCAGCGAGAGGCAACCACCAGCUGACUACAGCCAGGACAAGAGCCUCAGGAUGCUGUUGGAUCAGUCCAUCCAAGCCAUGAUGCCCACAGCCAAUAGCGGUUGCCAGCCCGUGCUGAGCAGUGCCAGCAGGCAGCAAGGAAAGUUUGUUGCAGAGCAGCAGACCCUGCCUCCCCCACAGGUGCAGCCAGUCACCUGCAGCACCGUCCGACCUCCAGCCCCGCCGCCCAUCUUCUCCCCAUCUCUAAUGAUCCCACACACCAGCUUCACAUCUCACCAGGCCAACACAUCAGUUCAUCUGCACCAGUGGCCACAGCAGCAGGUUCAGCAGCACCGCCUCUACCUUCAGAUGCAAGGUCCCGAGCUGGUGCCUGGGGCUCCAACGCAGCGCAUUUUCCAGCCGCCCCACACCCUGCAGCAGAACCCCCUGAGCUACUUCCUCCACCCGCAGCAGCAGAGCCACCACACACAGGGCCAGCCCUGCAACCUGCCUGACCUGCCUGAGAUGCAGCUGCCCUGAAAGUUGGUUCUGGGAGACAAGGACCACACAGCUGCAGCCACGGCGCCCAGGCGCACGCAGGAGAGCACGACGCCAUCAGAGCACGGCACGAGGUCGGGCUCCAUGGGGAGGUGGUGGCUGGAGGGAUGAUCUCUUGACAGGGGUGCAUGGCUGCAAGGGUGUUGUUUGUUGGGAUUUCCAUGCAGCCAGUCCGUGAUGCUGUUCCGGCAGCAGGGUGUGCCCUGGCCCAGCACCGUGGUGCCAUUCCAAGUGUGGAUUUCUUGCUGCAGGGAGGCCAGGUAUCAGGUCAUCAUGACACUUGGUUUGCAAUGGAAAAAAACCCUUUUCCAUUCAGGACUUCAAUGGUGAAAGUCACUGUGAAUUUAAACCUAGCAUUUGGAGCACAUAGACUAUACCAGUCUGCAGAAUACCAUUGGAUUACUGCGUACACAACUCGUUUUGCUGUAGUAGGUCCAUUGUCAGUUCUUUUCCCUUUUUCUAUACCUCAGUCCCGCAGGUUUUUUUUCCAGGAGCUUGGAUAAUGCUGCUAAUUUACAUAAUACCACUUUUGCCUGAAUUUCUUACUGUUGUUAUACCAGCUCACACCACAGCUAGUACAAUAUUUGUCAUCUUUUAUUUUUGGUUAACAAGUGAAGAUAAAUUUGUAUGGUUUUUACUCCCUGUAGCCAAAUAUUUUUCAGGUUACAGACAAAGAAUCUGUACUCCUUUUUUUUUUUUUUUUGUUUCAAGUGAUGUAGAUGUAUAUGUUUCUAUUCAUAAAAACAAACAAACGUGCAUAGAACAGCAUAUGACAGCAAACUUUGUGGUUUUGCUAGGUCAUGUUUCAAUUUGGCGAACCCAAAAUGUAUAAUCACAACACACAAUGUUACAAGCCCAUAGGGUCAGCAAUAAAUUGUAUUUUUGUAAAUUGUCACUUUUUAACUGUAAGUUUAUGAAUUGAAAAACCAGUUUAUUCCUCAGUGGGUGUAUAGUUAAGUGUCCCUACUGUUUUUGUCUUUCCAAAGGAAAAAUUAAAAAGUACAUUUUUGAAGUGUUAGUAGCUGAGUACUAACUUUGGGCAUUGUUAGAACUCAAAUGUAGUUGGGUUUGGCCGUUAGUAUAAACUUUGCAAGGCAGUGGUUAGCUAGGACCAGGUCCAUCUAGCAGUAAAGCUCCACCUUGCAGACAGAGCAAGGUUUAGAGAGGAGUUAGUUCCUAAUGUUUGGUUUGUUUAGUUCCCAAUAUCUGUUGAAACCAAGCAAAGAUGCUUGGUUUCUUGGUUUUGCCUUUUUUUUUUUUUUUUUUGUAUGGUGUUUUGGGGUUUUUUUGUUCCCUUUUCCUUCUUCAAGCCUCUUUCUGAGCCCCUUGCAGCACUGCAGCAGCUGGUGUUCCUGAUGUUGCUGGUGGAGCAGCUUUUGGCGCAAGCAGUUGUGAGCAGCCCUGUGUUUCAAGAAAAGGGCACAGCAGGGCUCCUCCAGCCCUGAUACACCAGGGGCUGUUUCCCAACAGUUCUUCCUUGGGAAGGGGAUGGGAUUUUGCUGUGCCACAUUGCCUGGGGGGAGUGGCAAUGGCAGGAUAGGCUGCUGGAGCUGGGGUCAGCCAGGAGCUUUCAGGGACUGAUGCAAGGCCCUAGGGUGCUUUGGUAUUUUGGCCAGGGCAGAGGUGGAUAUGUGAAUAAAAGCUGUGCCAACCCCUGGCUAUUCAUGGUUCCCCUUCCUUGAGCAAAAGCAGCUGCACAGGUUAAUUUUGACUGGGACAUUGAAUGCAGAGCUGCCAGGGGUACCGGACAUGAUGGAUCAUUGGUUGCACAGCUGGCCACAUGGCAGCAUUUUGGGGAAUGUAGUCAGCCACAGAAUGGAGGCAAUGAGAUACCUGACAGCCUGGUGUCCAAUACUGGGGCUCAUGCCUUCUCAGUACAGUCCCUGGCUGGGCCCCAGCUCACACAGCACAUGCAGCCCCUGCGUGCUGGGCACCCAAGCCCAGUCUAAGCUAGCCCUUCCAUUUCAAACCAUGACAAGAAAUGGUGGCUACAGCAGAGCCAUGGGCCAGGGACACCUCACUGCUGGUAGUGGGAUUUGGAACACCUGCCUCUGUGGGGCAGUCUGGACCUGAGAUAACACCUGGGGCUUUCCUGCUCUGCAGGUUUGUUCUGCAGUAAGGGCCAGCACAGAGUCAUCAGGGAAGGAAACUUUUGUUUUUAAAGCAUUGUUAGUUUUAGGGUCUCCCUCUCCCCAUUCUAAGGCAGGAGGGUUGCUCAUGAGGAUGCAGUAGGAGGGGGUUUGAUUUCUGGGAGUUGUUUGUGGGAUUUUUUUUUUCCACCAUAGCCUUGGCACGUAACACCAGAGGGGAUGCAAACACAUAUAUCUGUGUUAGGGCUCCAGCAUUGCAGUUUGUGGCUCAAGGUGGCUGUGCUUUCCCUGGUUUUCCCAUUACACUUGCAUCACCCCAACACAUCCCCCCAUGGCUGGUCUGCAGUGUCCCAUCACCACACAGCCCAGCCAAGGCAGGUGGCAAGCAAAUGGAUCUCAGAGGUGGUGGUGGUUGGGGUCAGGGGCUUUGAGGGGUGUAUUUUUUUAAUGGCGUUUGGUAGAGAGGUAUCUGAGCCAGAGCAGUUUUCUAGAAUUGCUGUGGCUUUGACAGCGAGUACAAAAAAAAUAGGGUUGGGAAGGUGUUCUGGGCUGGGUGAGGGGCGGUGGGUGCACCAGACAGGGCCAUGCCCUGGGCUGUUGGCAGCCCUGGGCUGCAGGGACAGAGGGCUGGGGGCACAGCCCCUGCUCACAGCUCCCUGCAGGAAGCACACGAGGUUGGUGAGGAUGUUUACAUGUAACAUCAGCCUUGCUAAAAUCAGAGACAAACGCACUUUAUCAAUGUGCCCCCCCCUUAUUCUCAGAGCCCCCCCCAGCUGCUGGCCUUGGUGCUGGUGGGUGGGGGCUGCACAGUCCCAGGCACUGCCUCACAGGUAGGGCCUUGUUUUCUCAACAUGCUCCAAAGGACAAAAUCCCACCGACCCUUUCUGGGGCUUGCUUGGUCUUUGCUCAGUCUGCCUCCAGCCAAGGGCAAGGCUGAGUCAGGGCCAGGGGGUUUUGCCUUAUAUUGUCACUCUCAAAAAAAUAGAUGGAUGAAAAUAGCUUUAUUCAGGUUGAUUUGUAUUUGUUUACCUCGGUGAUAGCUAUGACCUGUGUUUUUAUGACUCAUUUGGAAUUGAGGGUUGCUGGUGGGUUUGGCUCACACCCCCUCCAGGCACUACAGGAAAAUGUAUGUGUGACAUAUUGGUGACAAGCAGAGAGCCAGGAUGUAACUGAUGGCAGCAGGGUUGGCCUCCAGUGUCAGUGUUGACCUAUCAGUUAUAAAUGUUCUGAGGUUUUCUACUACACAAGUACCUAUAUACUAUAACUAUAUAUAAAUAUACAUAUUUUAAUAUACAUUUAUAUGUAUGCAGAUGUAUAUGUGUAUCUAUAUAUAAAUAGAUAUAGGGCAUACAAUUCCAGACCUCUGAAAACACAGGCAGCUUUAAAUAAUAAAGUCUUGCACUUUCAGCAUAUUUGUACAUAUAAGCUAAAGCCUGGUGGGUAUAAUCAGGCUGAUUUGACAAACACAAUGAGAAGUUACUGUACAUAUUGUAUAUAGUCCAUGCAAGAAAAAAAAAAAAAAAAGAAGAAAAAGUCUAGAAUUGAGUAUAAAUCUUGGUUUAUUUUAUAUGAUGUUGAAUAUAAAUACGUUUAUAAAUGUUACUAUUCUUAAAAGUAUUUUGUAAUGGGAAAAAGUAAGUGUCUUAUGAAGAUGAACAGUAAAGAUUUUAUUCUUGUUUUGCAUUUAUUUAAUAAGAGCUCCAUUGAAUAGGAGCCCAAGCAUUUUGACAAGCUUUAAACAGAUUGUACAUAGUAUUUAAAAUAAAAGAAGAAAUAAAAUAAUACUUGUAGGACCUCUUACACACUAUGUACUCUUGUUAUUCCCUGGGUGGUGUGGGUCUGUUAGGAAUGAGGAUCUGAUCCCUACUCUUCAGGAGAGACAAGAGCAGCAGCCAUUGUGUCCAUGUGCAUGGACAGCUGAAGGGAUGGGGCUCAGGACAAGGAAUGAGAUUCCCAUGACCAGUUCCAGAGGCAACAGAAGCAACACAUAAAUUAGAAAGAACAAGGCAUCAGGGUCUGCACACUGUGUUUGAAUUUGGAUGCAAAAAGCAAGUGCCAGUACUCACCAGCUCAGCACUGAAGCCAGCUCAGCCUUCAAAAUCCAGGUCUCCAUUUUCCCUCCACUUUUGGCAGGCUGCUGUCCCAACAGGGCCUUUGGCUUGUUUUGCAAAGCACUGACUAAAUGUGGCUUUAACAUGACCAACACUCUUGAAGGAACGUCUCAGCUGGUCAUCAUAGGAAAUAAUAGUGCCUCAAACACAGGGUUUUUUUUCUUAUGGGAAACAGUAUCUUAUCUAACACCCCAUUUGUCUUACAGUAACUCUGCGUACAACACAUUCUAUAAAAGCCAAUCUGUCAACACAAAAUGUGCUGCCAUCUUGGUAAAGUGACAAA